UCUGGUGCUGCCAAAUGCAGAAGAAACUUUGCUAGUUUCAUGCUCUCCUAUUAGCUCCCUCAGAAAAUCUCUCAAGCAAUUUAAUUCUUAGUUCUAUUUAUCUUAUCUGAGCAAAACCAUUUUCUCGCUUCAUAAGAUCAGAAGAGAUAACUAUGGCAAAGUCAUCUGAGCUGGCCAUUGAAGAGCUGAAGAAGCUUCUCAGAGACAAGGAGGAAUUUGAUGCCGUGGCGGCUGCAAAAGUUGAGGAGCUUAUAGCUGAGUUGCAGGGAUGUGGCCCGCGUCCAUAUGAGCCUGCUGUGCAAAGAAUCGUAGACGGAUUUACUCACUUCAAGAUCAACAAUUUCGACAAGAACUCGGAUCUGUACAGCCAACUUGCUAAUGGCCAAAGCCCCAAGUAUCUGGUGUUUUCUUGUUCUGACUCUCGAGUGAGUGCCACUACUAUCCUCAACUUCCAACCUGGAGAAGCUUUCAUGGUACGCAACAUUGCUAACAUGGUCCCUCCAUUUAAUCAGCUAAGGUACAGUGGAGUUGGUGCAGCCAUUGAGUAUGCUAUCACGGCUCUUAAGGUGCCAAACAUCCUGGUCAUUGGACAUAGUCGCUGUGGUGGAAUCCAAAGGCUUAUGAGUCAUCCAGAGGAUGGUUCUUCUCCCUUUGACUUCAUAGAUGAUUGGGUGAAAAUUGGUUUGCCUGCCAAACUCAAGGUCCUGAAAGAAUACGAAGGCUAUGAUUUCAAAGAACAAUGCAAAUUCUGUGAAAAGGAGUCAGUGAAUAACUCACUAGUGAACCUGAAGACAUAUCCAUAUGUUGAAAAGGGAAUAAGGAACAAGAACAUAGCCCUGUUGGGGGGUUACUAUGAUUUUGUGAUAGGAGAAUUCAAGCUUUGGAAGUAUGAGUCUCACAUCACUGAACCCAUUUCCAUUCCUCUCUGUACCCAUUAGUAAUGGACAACUCAAACUUGGCACCACUCACUACCAGCUUAUCAAGUUCUUACUAAAAAGUUGUGAUGUGUGUGCUUUUAUAUCCUAAAUAAAUAGCAUCUACUUUUGAGAUUCCAAAAAUAAUGUAUUUUAAGAAUUAUCAUUACUAGAUCUCAGUGCAUUUCUGUACGUGCUUAAGUCAAAUGCCAGGUCAUUUGUAUUUGAGUCAAACAAACGAUGAUGAGAAUUCUAGUUUUAGAUAGAUAUGUUAUAGUCUAGAAGAACAUAUAUAAUAUAUGACUUCUAUUUUA